CUCUCUUUCUCGCCAGCUGGUGAGAGCACAAACCUUUCUGCAAAACAGGUCGCCUACAGGAGACAAAUCAUAAUUUUGAGGGGACCAGGAGAUCAUUCAUCUCUCCAAAAAUCGUCAAUUCACAUAGGAACUCCUGUAAUGUCGUGGAAGGAAGAUAAAUAACGGCCAGCUCGUUCUCUCUCUGUUAAAGUGUUGAGCGGAUCGAGCUCCCGCGACACACACGCACAUAAACAGCUCGGGCGUUCCCGCGACUCCUCAGCGGCCAACGGAAGGGUGGCGGGAGAGAGGAGAGAGGAGAAGGAGAAGGGGAGAGAGGAGGGGAGGAAACCCGACUGUUUUGAAGCUAUACGCCAGUAAACAUAGACUAUAAGCAUACACAGUGAAAUAAGAGGAAACCGUCGCAGUGCUAUUUUAUUUCAGUGUGGAUGAAACUAGGAUGAGAGAGACACCAAAGGAGAGAGACGCCAUCCGUGACAAGUUAAAGGACUCCGCUAUUGGACUGAUCACACCCACGUACGGCACCACACACACGCGGACGCACUCACGCAACCAUGAUGGCUGAGGUUUCACAGCAGGAGAGAAUUCAGGCCAUCGCUGAGAAGAGGAAGAGGCAGGCAGAGAUUGAGAACAAGAGGAGACAGCUGGAAGAUGACAGAAGACAGCUUCAACACCUAAAGUCGAAGGCUCUGAGAGAGCGCUGGUUGUUGGAUGGGGCUCCAGAGGAAGAUGAGACUCAGAGACGACUUCAGGAGGACGAAGAGAGGACUAAGGCACUAGAGAAGAGCAUCCUCUGCUUGGAGCAGGAUAUAGAGAAGCUGGAGAAUCCAGUCGUGACCAAAGAGAACGGAGCUGUAAAUGGAGUAUCACAGAACCAGAGUCCUAGAAGAGAACUAACAGGAGUAGAAGCCAGGCUGUUGGGUCCCAGUCCAGACCAGGCCAGCGCUGAGAACCCUGUUACCCUGGUCUUCAUGGGCUAUACAGCUCUGGAGGGUGAGACAGCCGGGGAGGUGGGGGAGGCAGUGGGGACAGAGGGUGGAGACGGCUCAGUCAAGGCGGAGUUUGUGAUGCUACCAGACGGGGAGGGGAAGGGGGUAGGAGAGGGGGAGACGGAGACCCAGACAGCAGCCAAUGGGAGUACAGGUGAGAAGGGGGAGGCAAAUGGGGGAGGAGGGGAGGAGGGGGAGAAGGAAAAGAAACCGAGUUGCAAGUGUUGCACUGUCAUGUGAGUGUGUGUGUGUGUGUGUGUGUGUGUGUGUGUGUGUGUGUGUGUGUGUGUGUGUGUGUGUGUGUGUGUGUGUGUGUGUGUGUGUGUGUGUGUGUGUGUGUGUGUGUGUGUGUGUGUGUGUGUGUGCGUGCGUGCGUGCGUGCGUGCGUGCGUGCGUGCGUGUGUGUGUGUCAAAGAAAGAUGCUUGUGUGUGUGUGUGUGUCUGUCAGAGUAAGAGGGACUUGAGUGCGUACGUGUAUCACACACUUCACAGGACUACAAAACCAAACAGUCCGACUCCUCCUGCCAAGCAGCAAAAACUACAGCCAACACCAACCAUAUACAGCCAACAGACACUGGAGAAUCAAUACUACUGUAUUACUGUAGUAGUACUACAACAACAACCUACAGCCAGGACAAUAUACACUAUACUAUGUAUUACUCUAGUACUACAACAACAACCUACAGCCAGGACAAUAUACACUAGACUAUGUAUUACUCUAGUACUACAAUAACAACCUACAGCCAGGACAAUGUACACUAGACUAUGUAUUACUCUAGUACUACAACAACAACCUACAGCCAGGACAAUAUACACUAGACUAUGUACUACUCUAGUACUACAAUAACAACCUACAGCCAGGACAAUAUACACUAGACUAUGUACUACUCUAGUACUACAAUAACAACCUACAGCCAGGAUAG